AUGCCGGGUCACCAAGAGCUCAGUCAGCUUGGGCCUUUGAAGCUGGACAUCCCGGAUCCCCCCAAAGCGGUAAAGAGUCAAGCCAAGGGAAGUGAGGUCGCCGCAGAGAUUGCUCGCUCCUCGGACCUGGAGAUCUCCUUGGACUCGGCUCUGGCCGACCUCGGAGUGGGCCGGAAGAGCUGUAGGCAGCUGCGAGGAGAGCUGCGCUUAGAGGAUGACUCUUUGGCGAGCCUCCUGCAACUCUGGCGAACAGAUCAGCGCCGGGUCGAGAUGGUGCUGGCUCGCUUAGGCGCAACUGCUGCAGAGGCCAUCGCCGAACGCUUGGCUGUGGCUGAGGUGGAUGUCGUGGUGGGGGCCUCGCGAAGCCAGGCUUCCGGCCAUGGUUACCAGGCCGCCGACCCGCCCAGUCCUCCCAGCAGUGCGGGCAGCGCGGAGCCUUCCUUGGACCGGGUUUGGGGCUUGCUGCCCAGGAGGCGACCCGGCUCAGAGGGCCAGGAAGAGCGAAGCCGGGCUUUUCGGCGGCGUGUGAAGAACGAACUUUCCAGUGCAGCCCAGGCCGCACAUCGAGCCUCCCAGGCGGCGCUGCGCGAGGCGGGCCCCAAAGGGGCCGAAGCCUUCGUUUCCGAGGUCUGGUCAUUUCUGCAGUCCGAAGAGUGCUGUGAAGAGAUGAUGGUUGAGAUCGUCUGUUCUCAAACCGACCCCGAGAUCCAGCGGGCGCUUCGAAGUGUGAUUCGUUCGUCUUCGGACCGGCGGAAAAGUGCGUCAAGAGCUUCGAGCGCAGACAUGUCACAGCUGCCUGAGGCUUACCUGCUUCAUGUCCUCUUCUUCCUUGGCUCUGCUGCUGACUUGGCCGCUUUUGGAGCAGCGAGCUCCGCGACGCAGGACAUGUCAGAGCAAGACGCGCUCUGGUUGGCUCUGUGGCAGCAGCCACCGCCAACCGUGGAGGAGCCCGGCGGCGCUCGUCGGCAGUACCUCCUUCACUUGGCUGCACAGUGUGUGGAGUGCGGCUGCCACACAGACUUCGAGCAUGCCAUCCUGGGGCGCAGGCUCUGCGAGGCCUGUGAGCGAGCGCACUCCAAAUAUGCUCUGAUCCGAAGCCACACGGCGGUCAAGGAGUAUCAGCUCCCGUUGUCUGCCAUGAACACCCUGGCGCACAUGGACGGAGUUACCGGCCGGGUCUACCUGCGGGCCUCCGUCUCAUCCUUGGCGGACAG